UGAUUCGCUGCACUGCACUCUGUGUCUGUUACGACAAGUUGAGACAACGCCGAGGGUUGGCGUUGGUUCUUCCUUUCUCGUUUCUUCUUCGUUUUCUCCUUUCAUUUUCCUGCUUUUGAAUUGAAUCAGAGGCUCUUAGGCCAUAAACAAGACUUGGUUGGCGUCAGGUCGGGCGCUCUCGGCGUGCAAGAGCAGAGCGAAAUUUUCGGAAAUUUUCCCAGGGUUCUGAUCUCUCAGAUGAGAGCUGCAAGCGAUUGAAGAUGGAGGCAAUUGACGAAGAUAUUUUCAAGUGUGACAUUUGCCAUGUUGACUACAAUCAUUAUUCUUAUCGGCCGAAGCUUCUCUCCUGCCAUCACAGCUAUUGCCUGAAGUGCCUACGAAUGCUUCAAGCUAAAGACAUGACCAUUAUUUGCCUAGCCUGUCAAAAAGUCACCAAAAUUGGACCGAUUGGGGUCGUUGGAUUGCUGGACAACACGUUUAUUUUGGAGAGGUUAGAGGAUGUGCCCGAGACGGAGGUUGUUCUGACUGAUGACGAAGACGACAUGGGCGACGGCAAGUCAUCGCUCUCCAACGGCAUCGGUGAUUAUAGCAAUGCCAGAAGAAAUGUUAAGAAACCAGAGCUCUUCUGCCAGCUGUGCAACAAACCUUCCGUGCCCAACUGUUCCUACAGCCACAGCCACGAGCUGUGCAAGUAUGACACUGCUGUUGAAAAACUUGAGAAAGAGCUCACUAAAGAAAAAAAUGCGGCUCUUGUCUCAGCUGAAAAGGCUCUUAAAAGUGCAGAGCAGUUAAGUAUAUUAGCCAUGGUGAUGGAUGACGCUUGGAAUGCUCUAAGGAUGCAUCUUGACCACACUAUUAAAGAUUACAAUGAGCAACAAAAAAUAAUCAGUGAUGCAAAAUAUUCAAUGGAGUCCCAAAUUGAUGUUGUCCAAGUGGCAAAAGCUGGAAACAUUUCAUUGCUUCAAGAUGCUAUUGGCAAAGCUCGAGACCAAAAUCAAGACAUGGAGUUCAGAGCACGCACUUUUGAUGAUAAGGUUGCGCAGUGGCAAGUUUUCACCAACUGCACAGCGCAGAUUAAACUGAAUGAAAUAAACCCUGCCUUUCCCAUUGGAAACUUUGACAUAAAUCUGGAUUUGCAUGAACAAAACAACAGCCCGGAGUGUUUAUGUCUUAUGUAUGCUAUAAACCGCUUUGUGGAAAAUCGUCUUCAGACCAAAAGGAUGGACAAUUUGUUGGGCGGUGUGAAUGCCUUUGGAUCAAACACAGUGCAGGCCAUUUCUGCCAGUCUUCCCUCGGCAGCUGAUCUAACUGAUGGUGAGACAAACAACAAUAAGAAUGGGUAUAAGCUGGAAGUUGUGGAUACAAGCAAAUCAAAAACCACAAUUGCUCAAAUUGUGGCAACUAAAUCUUCUACCCCAGCUCCUGUCCUUGCCCAAGUUGCUGCAGCACCAAAACAAGUUGUUCGAAAGUCUCUCACCACUACAAAAUAUCCAGAUACUGUGCAUUGUUUCUUUGAUCUCUUUGUGGAGAAUAAUUCUAUUGGCAGAGUUGUUAUGGAGGUAUAUUUUAAUACGGCUCCCAUAAUGGCACGCAACUUCAUCGAAUUAUGCACUGGUGUGCACGGCUUUGGCUAUAAAUGCACUGACCUCUGGCAAGUGCCUGACAAUGAUCAUGUGGUGGGAGGUCAUUUGCGUGAGGGCGAGAAAAUCUCCAUUUAUAAUCGAAAGGAAUUCCAUGGCGAUUCGUCCCCUCUGCAUGAUGGUGUUGGCAUGCUCCGAAUGCGCGGCCAUGGUACUUCUUCCAAGGGUGAAGCUGUUGUUGCUUCUCAAUUCAUGAUCUGGAUGAAGCCGAAGGUUUUCAAGAAUUAUGCUCGCACCCUCGUUUUUGGUAAGGUGGUGAAAGGUAUGGAUGUGCUUCGCCAAGUGCCCACCAUGGUCAACAAGAAGGACAAUGUACCCUUUAAACGCAUUCUCCCCGCUCGUAUUGUGGAUUGUGGCAUUGGUCAGUGAUAAUGUACCAAGCAGUCAUUUCAAAUCUGGAUAAAAAAAAAUUGCUUUCACCGCCAUGGCAGUAAAUGUUGGAAGUCUUUGCCUAAUUUAUUUGGUAUGAUUUUUUCUAUUCAUGAACAAACUCUGAUUAGGAAAGAUAUAAUAUUUUUUAUAUUUUGAUAAUGAAAGCAAAAUAAUAAAUUUUUGUCUUCAAGUAUAAGAACAUCCUAAUGCAUUGAUCGCAGUUCCAUUAAAAUUAGACAUCUAAUAUAAAUUUAAUGUAGCUAAAUUAUUUGUGCAUUGAUUUUUUACCACAGGUAGGUUCCUGGUGAUGAAAAAUUUACUUAAAAAAGCAACAAUGUGUGGUUAAUAAUAAUUAAUAUGGAAAAGGUAAAAAUAAAUGCGUCAUUUAAUUAUAACUUUUCCCAACUUGCUAAAGGUGUCAGGAGAAAAGUCAUCGUUGUAAUUAUUAACCUAAAUAAAAGCGCGGGAGUAAAUUAUUUAAUACAA